UUUCGAUUUAAUCAGUAUUAUAAGUUGCAAUAAAAAUGGAAUUCCUUUGUUUAGCCCCAACACGUAGUUUUUCCACCAAUCCCAAAUUAACAAAAAGUAUUCCUAGCGAUCAUACUAGUACCACGAGUCGUAUUUUCACAUACCAAAACAUGCGUGGCUCAACGAUGAGACCAUUAGCGUUGCCGUUAAAAAUGUCACCAAUUGUUUCUGUGCCGGAUAUUACAGCUCCGGUGGAAAAUGUUCCGGCUAUCUUGCCAAAAGUCGUUCCCGGAGAGUUGAUAGUGAAUAAACCAACGGGGGGCGAUAGCGAUGAAUUGUUUCAAUAUUUAGUUGAUAUUUUGGCAUCGCCAGUGUAUGAUGUAGCGAUCGAAUCGCCAUUAGAGCUAGCAGAGAAGCUCUCGGAUAGGCUCGGAGUUAAUUUUUAUAUCAAAAGAGAAGAUAAACAGAGGGUGUUUUCAUUCAAGCUUAGAGGAGCUUACAACAUGAUGAGUAACCUCUCAAGGGAGGAAUUAGAUAAAGGGGUUAUAACAGCAUCAGCUGGAAAUCAUGCACAAGGUGUAGCAUUAGCUGGUCAAAGACUUAACUGUGUAGCUAAAAUUGUCAUGCCUACAACCACCCCACAAAUCAAGAUUGAUGCGGUUAGAGCCCUGGGAGGUGAUGUAGUUCUUUAUGGUAAAACAUUUGAUGAAGCUCAAACACACGCGCUGGAAUUGAGUGAAAAAGACGGGCUCAAAUACAUCCCACCAUUCGAUGAUCCAGGAGUCAUCAAAGGCCAAGGUACAAUUGGAACAGAGAUAAACCGUCAACUGAAGGACAUUCACGCUGUGUUUAUACCUGUUGGUGGUGGGGGUUUGAUAGCUGGUGUUGCUACCUUUUUCAAACAAAUUGCCCCAAAUACAAAAAUUAUUGGAGUUGAGCCAUAUGGUGCAGCUUCAAUGACAUUGUCAUUGCAUGAAGGACAUAGAGUGAAAUUAUCAAAUGUUGAUACUUUUGCUGACGGUGUAGCUGUUGCACUAGUUGGUGAAUACACUUUUGCAAAAUGCCAAGAGUUAAUUGAUGGAAUGGUACUUGUUGCAAAUGAUGGUAUUAGUGCUGCAAUAAAGGAUGUGUAUGAUGAAGGAAGGAACAUAUUAGAGACAUCAGGUGCAGUGGCCAUAGCUGGAGCUGCAGCCUAUUGUGAAUUUUAUAAAAUAAAAAAUGAAAAUAUUGUAGCAAUUGCAAGUGGAGCUAAUAUGGAUUUCAGCAAACUACACAAAGUUACAGAGUUAGCAGGGUUAGGUUCAGGCAAAGAGGCUUUAUUGGCUACUUUUAUGGUAGAACAACAAGGAAGCUUCAAGACAUUUGUUGGACUUGUGGGCUCUUUGAAUUUUACUGAAUUGACAUACAGAUUCACUUCUGAAAGGAAAAAUGCUCUAAUUUUGUACAGGGUUAAUGUUGAUAAAGAAUCAGAUCUUGAAAAAAUGAUUGAGGAUAUGAAAUCAUCAAAUAUGACUACUCUUAAUCUCUCACAUAAUGAAUUGGUUGUAGACCAUCUAAAACAUUUGGUUGGUGGCUCAGCAAAUAUCAGUGAUGAAAUUUUCGGUGAAUUUAUUGUACCUGAGAAGGCUGAAACUUUAAAAACAUUCUUAGACGCUUUCUCCCCUCGUUGGAAUAUAACUUUAUGCCGUUACCGUAAUCAGGGAGAUAUAAAUGCAAGUUUGUUGAUGGGAUUCCAAGUUCCUCAAGCUGAGAUGGAUGAGUUCAAAAAUCAAGCUGAUAAGCUUGGUUAUCCAUAUGAACUUGAUAAUUAUAAUGAGGCUUUUAACCUUGUAGUAAGUGAGUGAAGAAAUAAAAAAUUUGUUGUUCUAAGUUUAAAUUAUUGAAAAUCCUAAAAAAAAUAAAAUAAUAAUCGUGUCGUACCAAUCUACUUAGUAAGGAAUAAUUGAUGAAUUAACUUGUUAUAAGUUAAUUUCAUAUUGUAUGAAUAAUAAGAUGCAUGUAUCCAAUGUAAUGUAAUGGCUUUUUAAGUUUCAUUAAGAAAUAAUUUAUUAUUGUCAAUUACUUAUUCAUAGUAAUCAUAAAAUUCUUGGA